CAAAUUCCUCUGUAAACAUAUGUCUCGGGUGACAGUCACAGAAUCACACUAACUGCUCAAAUGGCUUGUUAUAUGCACAAUAAAUAUGCAACUACCAGCAAGGAAAGCUAUCGACAUCCAAAAUCCGUCCCUGGCUAUCCCUAUUACACCUCAGAACGGCCGCAGGACUUUGGAAAAAACGUCGAACAUCGUGAAGGGUCAACAAAAUGGUUUCAAGAUCACAGAAGACCAAAUAUUGUUGAAAAUAUCCUCAAAAAUAACAUAGCCUCUAGAAGAAUGGAAGUUCGACCUUCUAAAUACAGUGACAGUCCUGAUAGAGUUCUAGGAGCAAGAUGUACCACGAGAAACGAGAGAUUGAAUCGUCCUGAUUGUAAACUCUUUAAUAGAUUACCAGAUAAAGAGAGACAGAUAAAGUUUUUUGUCGAAAAGAAAGAAGAACAUCGGCAAAAUUACAAAGAUUUAACAGGCACCAAACAUCAGGUCGACUACUUUCAUUACGCUCAUGUAGACGAGGAUCAGUUUUCUCACUCAAAAUUCUCCUCGUCUAUCAAGAACUAUCCCUCUCCCUAUAAAGGGGCCUUGGAGUAUUCGUGGUUAACAGAAAGAGGGCCUAAAUAUUUCGAACUAUAUUCAGGCACGUCUGACUUCAAUCAUCAUCAGGAAAUACCUGAAAUUUGAGUUGUGUUAUACGACGUGAAGUGUUAAAUGAAACUUUAAUAUAUUCACAUUUUAUAUUGUUGUAAA